UCUUGGAUAGCAGUGGUACUUGGAGAGGGUGCACCGGAUUAUCUGCCAUGGCUCCCAAAGAAUCUUGCGGUAAAAAAGAUGAACAUAAGGAAGCUCAGAAAAGAAAAUGUAGAAAACGGAAGACAAAGCCUCCACACAAAUUUACAAAGGCGGAAUUACAGAUUCUGAAACAAGCAUUUGAAGAAAAUCCUUACCCUACCUCCUCAACAAAGAAAGAACUAGCCAGUGAACUCCACUGCAAAAUUGGUGUCAUUCAUAAUUGGUUCCAAGGUAAGAGAUGCAGACUCCCACCUGAAGAGAAAGAGAGAAUCUUUGCCAUCAAGAAAUUAAACAGGUUCCCUACACAAAGGGCUCAGGCCUUGAUCUUCCCAAACAGCCAGGUACAAUCUGAUGACUCUUCCACGAAGCAGACUGCUUUGGGUGACCAGGAGACACUAGUCUGUGGAGCUGGCUACUCUUCACUGGAAACACAGACCAGCCCCAUUGGACAUGUGAGAUCAGGUGACUCUGUAAUCCUAGGCAUCAACAGCGAACAAGGGUGUUCCCCCGAAUAUCAAGGUACCCAAACAAGUGGACCUUCUUCCAUGUACACACCAGCCAAAUUUAUUUAUGUUAGUACAUCUGUGCAGCAUUUUGAAAAUGCCAGGUCUGAGGCAUGGCAAAGCCACCAUUCUCUGCCCUUCCAUUCCCAUUAUGUUUUCACUAGCCAGGGGACAGACCAGCAACAGGAAGUGUACAACUACUAUUAUCAGUAUAUGUUAUUUCAUGGACAGCAGCCUGACCCUUGAGGACACCAUCUGCAGCCACUGUCACAGCCUCUGUAUUGCCAACAGAAUUAUCAGUUGCCAUUCCAUGACCGAUUUUUGGCAUACCAGGAUCCAAGUGGUUUAUGGCAACAGGAGCCCAAACUUGCAUCAGAGCAGGAAAGUAAUGACAGUUCCCUGAGCUCUCUGCUGAAGCAGGCACCAGGUGGGAGAGCAGAUAGGUCUCCACCACCUCCUGGGCAAGGGACACAGCAAGUUUAUGUAGAGGCUUCAAGGUUUGAAAUGCAACACCUUGAAAAUUGGUGUCCACUGGUAAAACCCUAAGUGCAUUUGCAGGUUGUAGAAGGGCUGAGAAAUGGUAAUCGAUCACCCUGUUUACACAGAAGGGAAGAAACUCUCAUUUAGAUUAACUCCACCAGGAUGAUUAAUGCAAGGAUCUGAUACAUGUAUAUAAAAUAGUCCUAUGUUGAGUCACUGAAUUGCAUAUCUGCAAAAUUAGCAUGUUUGUAAAAAAUGGCACUUUCAUUCCUGGCAAUUGGAUUUAUUUUUAUUGAUUGCAUGGGUUAGAGCUGCCCUAGUACAUGGAAUGAUGAGAGGCCAGAGGACAGUGUGCAUUGCCCAGUUUUAUUCACUGGUGUAUUAUCAAAGGACCCCUUUGGUUUCUCUUUCAGAGAAAGAGAAAUAGUGUCCUCUGUAUAAAUUUGGGUUUUUAAAUUCUGUAUUCUAUUGCAAUAUUGUGAUCUUUCCUCUAAAAUUUCUGUAGUCAUUUAAAUACAUGUUUCUCACAGUACAUAAAUUUUGAACUAGUAUUACACUCCUGGGAGUUCCACAUAAGGCUCAGUAGUAGAUGUGAGGGUUUAAAAGUGGAGGGCACAGAGUCAGCCUUCAAGAGGCUACCAGCGGACUACAGCAGAGAAGCCAGUGAUCAACCAGUGAUGGGGGAAGGGCCAGGUGGAGGUGGCUGCCACCAGAGCAGGGGGUCUCAAGGUAUGGCCUGAAGACUAAAUCUUGGCCACUGCCUGUUUUUAUGAACAAAAUUUUAUUGAAAUUCAACAGCCCUCAUUUGCUUACGCAUUGCUCAUGACUGAUUUUGUAGUUCACUGGCAGAACUGAGCAGUCCUUAAAAAGCAAGUCACCUGCAAAACCUAAAACAUUUACUCUUUGCACUUUUACAAGAGAGUUUUUUUAAGCUGUGUUAAAUAAUGGUUGAAGAGGUGAGAGUUCCGAGUGAAAAACAGACAUUGUUCUUAUCUUUUGUCUGAUCAGCACUGGGAUCGAACCCAGUGACUAGCGCUCUACGCUGAGCUACCCCAGUUCUCUGUUCUUAUCAUUAGAAGCUGGCUGGAUUUCUGCAUGUGCUCCUAACACACAAGGCUUAGAGAAAGAUAAACUGGGGGAGCAGAGUGUGGGAGUGUGAGGUUUCUGAUUGGAAAGUAGGAUGUCAGAGUGCAAGGCGAGCGGAUCGUGAGCAUGAGGGCUGUGGAGGAGGCUGUGAGGCCGGGGUCACCUUCCCAGUGCUCUGAAGAGCUGGGGUGAUGAAACCUUGGGGCAGGGCUCAAGCAAAGGAUGAGCACCAGAGGUAACUGAAGGCAUCAUGUGGACUGAACAAAGAUGCGCUGAUGUGCAACAUCAAAGAAGCACCCAACUUGGAGUUGGACAAGCCCCCUGAGAUCCCUACACCCAAGUUCUUCACUGAACAAAUGAAGAGGAACGAGGGAAGGGAGUGACCUAGCUCCCAACUAGGCAUUGGGCAUGCUGGAUCUGAGUCCCAUUGAGAACUGACUCCCUGGAUGCUGACCCUUCCUAGAUUUUUAGGGCAAGCCCAUGUCUCAAGUCCCCUUACAUUUAAACUUUCUGGAACCUUUUAGUCUUCUUUUCCAUAGCCUUUUAGUUGGUUGCAAUUUGUAAACUACCAGGGCAGAUGCUGGGUCUGGUCCCUUCCCUGAGUUCCUCCUCAUUCACAGGGGAAUGGAUGUGUGUGAAAGCACUGAACUUCACAAGCAGACCUACUUUUAAUGAACAAUUUGUGUCUGCAUAAUUACCCCAGGUUGGCUUUGAACUGUUAUCUGUUUGCCUCACUCAGCUGCCGAAGUAGCUAGACCAACAGCCACAUGCCUCCCUACCUGCCUAAAGAACAUUCUGUCCCACAGUAGCUCAACUAAUGCAACCAUAUUUACUUAUGUCUUGCUGGAUGGCUUCUUCUAAUAUUUUGAUUCAAAAAUUUCCAUGUUAUGUUUAUCAAUACCGUUGUACUCAUUUUUUUUCCCACUGGGAUUAUCUUUAAGGAUUUGAAGUUGGUACAGUUAGUCUUAGUAUGAAAAGUGUGCCUUUCUUACUCUGUUUUUAAAUUCUUUUACAAAAUUGCAUUUAUUAAAGUUUU